AUAUGCCAAGUUUUGUGAUAGUAGUAAGCCAGGCAGUUUCAAGAACUGGCACACCAUUGAAAAUGUCAUGAGAAUCAGCACUUUAGUGACUACUUAAAUAUCGGUUAAAUUUGUAUGAAAACGAGAAAUCUGGUAGUAUGAAGUUACUAUCAGAUAUAGUCUACCAAGAUACAAGAUAAUGUUCUAAUAUUUGUUCCUCUUUCCCUCAGUUAUCUUCAAUUGUUCUGAAGCACAAGACCUUUCCAACCAUUGUAGAUAUGGACAAAGAAGAAAGAAAGACUAUCAACCAGGGUCAAGAAGAUGAAAUGGAGAUUUAUGGCUAUAAUUUGUGUCGCUGGAAGCUUGCCAUAGUUUCUCUCGGAGUGGUGUGUACUGGCGGCUUUCUUCUCCUGCUCCUCUAUUGGAUGCCCGAGUGGCGGGUAAAGGCAACCUGUAUUAGAGCUGCAGUUAAAGACUGUGAAGUGGUGCUGCUGAGGACUACUGAUGAAUUCAGAAUGUGGUUUUGUGCAAAAAUUCGCUUUCUUUCUCUGGAAACUCCCCCAUUUUCAAGCCCCAAAUCUAUGGCUAAUAAGGUUUCAAAUGGCCAUGCAGUUCACUUAACUGAAAAUCUGGCUGAAGAGAAUAGGCUUGAGAUGAAUAAAUAUUCACAGCCUCAAUCACAACAGAUUCGUUAUUUCACCCACCAUAGUGUAAAAUACUUCUGGAAUGAUACCCUUCACAAUUUUGUUUUCUUAAAGGGACUGGAUGAAGGUGUUUCUUGUACGUCAAUUUAUGAAAAGCAUAGUGCAGGACUGACAAAGGGGAUGCAUGCCUACAGAAAAUUGCUUUAUGGAGUAAAUGAAAUUGCUGUGAAAGUGCCUUCAGUUUUUAAGCUUCUAGUUAAGGAGGUUCUCAACCCAUUUUACAUUUUCCAGCUGUUCAGUGUUAUACUGUGGUGCACAGAUGAAUACUAUUACUAUGCUAUAGCCAUUGUGAUUAUGUCUGUAGUAUCAAUUAUAAGCUCCCUAUAUGCCAUUAGAAAGCAAUAUAUUAUAUUGCAUGACAUGGUGGCAGCUCACAGUACUGUGAGAGUUUCAGUUUGCAGAGUAAAUGAAGAAAUCGAAGAGAUCUUUUCUACAGAUCUUGUGCCAGGAGAUGUCAUGGUCAUUCCAUUAAAUGGGACAGUCAUGCCUUGUGAUGCAGUCCUUAUUAAUGGUACUUGUAUUGUAAAUGAAAGCAUGUUAACAGGAGAAAGUGUUCCAGUGACAAAGACUAAUUUGCCAAAUCCUUCAGUGGACAUAAAAGGAAUGGGAGAUGAAUUAUAUAGUCCAGAAACACAUAGACGACACACUUUGUUUUGUGGGACAACUGUUAUUCAAACUCGUUUCUACACUGGAGAACUUGUCAAAGCCAUAGUAGUUAGAACAGGAUUUAGUACUUCCAAAGGACAGCUUGUCCGCUCCAUAUUGUAUCCCAAACCAACUGAUUUUAAACUCUACAGAGAUGCCUACUUAUUUCUACUGUGUUUUGUGGCAGUGGCUGGCAUUGGGUUUAUCUACACUAUUAUCAAUAGCAUUUUAAAUGAGGUAGAAGUUGGGGAUAUAAUUAUCAAGUCUCUUGAUAUCAUUACAAUUACUGUGCCACCUGCACUUCCUGCCGCAAUGACUGCUGGCAUUGUGUAUGCUCAAAGAAGACUGAAAAAAGUGGGUAUUUUCUGUAUCAGUCCCCAAAGGAUAAACAUCUGUGGACAACUGAAUCUUGUUUGCUUUGACAAGACUGGAACUCUUACUGAAGAUGGUUUAGAUCUUUGGGGGAUUCAACGAGUGGAAAAUACACGUUUUCUUUUGCCAGAAGAAAAGGUUUGCAAUGAGAUGUUGGUAAAGUCUCAGUUUGUUGCUUGUAUGGCUACUUGUCAUUCACUUACAAAAAUUGAAGGAGUGCUUUCUGGCGAUCCACUUGAUUUGAAGAUGUUUGAAGCCAUCGGAUGGAUUCUGGAAGAAGCAACUGAAGAGGAAACAGCACUUCAUAAUCGAAUUAUGCCCACUGUGGUUCGUCCUCCAAAACAGCUGCUUCCUGAAUCUACACCUGCAGGAAACCAAGAAAUGGAGCUGUUUGAACUUCCAGCUAUUUAUGAGAUAGGAAUUGUUCGCCAGUUCCCAUUUUCUUCUGAUUUGCAACGUAUGAGUGUGGUUGCGAGGGUGCUAGGGGACAGGAAGAUGGACGCCUACGUGAAAGGGGCACCGGAGGUCAUUGCUGGUCUUUGUAAACCUGAAACAGUUCCUGUUGAUUUUGAAAAAGUUUUAGAAAAUUAUACCAAACAGGGCUUCCGUGUGAUUGCCCUUGCACACAGAAAAUUGGAAUCAAAACUGACGUGGCAUAAAGUGCAGAAUAUUAGCAGAGAUGCCAUUGAGAACAACAUGGAUUUUAUGGGAUUAAUUAUAAUGCAGAACAAAUUAAAGCGAGAAACCCCUGCAGUACUUGAAGAUUUGCAUAAAGCCAACAUUCGCACUGUCAUGGUCACAGGUGACAACAUGUUGACUGCUGUCUCUGUGGCCAGAGACUGUGGAAUGAUACUACCUCAGGAUAAAGUUAUUAUUGCUGAAGCAUUACCUCCAAAGGAUGGGAAAGUUGCCAAGAUAAAUUGGCAUUAUGCAGACACCCUAACACAGCGUAGUGAUUCGUCAGCAAUUGACUCGGAGGCUAUUCCAACUAAAUUGGUCCAUGAUAACUUAGAGGAUCUUCAGGUGACUCAUUAUCACUUUGCAAUGAAUGGAAAAUCAUUUUCGGUGAUACUGGAACAUUUUCAAGACCUUGUUCCUAAGUUGAUGCUACGUGGCACUGUGUUUGCUCGUAUGGCACCCGAUCAGAAGACACAGUUAGUAGAAGCAUUGCAAAAUGUAGAUUACUUUGUUGGGAUGUGCGGUGAUGGUGCAAAUGAUUGUGGUGCUCUGAAGAGGGCACAUGGAGGCAUUUCCUUAUCAGAGCUCGAGGCUUCGGUGGCAUCUCCCUUUACCUCCAAAACUCCUAGUAUUUCCUGUGUGCCAAACCUUAUCAGGGAAGGCCGUGCUGCUUUAAUGACUUCCUUCUGUGUGUUUAAAUUUAUGGCUUUGUACAGCAUUAUACAGUACUUUAGUGUUACUCUACUGUAUUCUAUCUUAAGUAACCUAGGAGACUUCCAGUUUCUCUUCAUUGAUCUGGCAAUCAUUUUGGUAGUGGUAUUUACAAUGAGUUUAAAUCCUGCCUGGAAGGAACUUGUGGCACAAAGACCACCUUCAGGUCUUAUAUCUGGGGCCCUUCUCUUCUCCGUCUUGUCUCAGAUUAUCAUCUGCAUUGGAUUUCAAUCUUUGGGGUUUUUUUGGGUCAAGCAGCAGACGUGGUAUAAGGAAUCGCAUCCACAUUCAGAUACACAGGAAACUUUUAAUACAACAGGAAGCCUAUAUGGGAAUUCUUCACAUUUGUACAAUGAAACCAAUCCUGAUAGACAUAAUAUAGAAAAUUAUGAAAAUACCACAGUGUUUUUUAUCUCCAGUUUUCAGUACCUCAUAGUGGCAAUUGCCUUUUCAAAAGGAAAACCCUUCAGGCAACCUUGCUACAAGAAUUAUUUUUUUGUUGUGUCUCUGAUUAUUUUGUAUGUUUUCAUAUUAUUCAUCAUGUUGCAUCCAGUUGCCUCUAUUGACCAGAUUCUUCAGAUAGUGUGUGUACCAUAUCAGUGGCGUGUAACUAUGCUCAUCAUUGUUCUUGUCAAUGCCUUUGUUUCAAUCGUGGUAGAGAACUUCUUCCUUGACAUGGUCCUUUGGAAAGUUGUGUUCAAUCGAGACAAACAAGGAGAAUAUCGCUUCACCACCACACAGCCACCACAGGAGUCAGUGGAUUGGUGGGGAGAAUGCUGCUUGUCCUGGGCCCUGAACUGUAGGAAGAAGAUGCCAAAGGCCAAGUACAUGUAUCUGGCCCAGGAGCUCUUGGUUGACCCGGAAUGGCCACCAAAACCUCAAACAACAACAGAAGCGAAAGCUUUAGUAAAGGAGAAUGGAUCAUGUCAGAUCAUCACCAUAACAUAGCAGUGAAUCGGUCUCAGUGGUAUUCUAGUAGCAGUACUGAGGAGAAUGUAAAUGUAGGACUUAAUCUGAUCCUGUGCGUCAGAAUGGCACCCUUUCAAUUUAUGUCCCUUCCAAUAUAGUAACUGAUUUAAGGGGUUUUUUUAAA